UAUGAGGGGUUGUGUGAAAAUUAUUUUUCUCUUGCUGAACCACAAAGACAUAGAAUCAAAGCGCUUCUUUUGGACAUACUGGCUUUUCUUUCUUUCUUUUUUUCUUCUGUCUCUUCUAUUUCUUGUGGAUAUUAUGGCUAAUAACACAACAAGUUUAGGGAGUCCAUGGCCAGAAAACUUUUGGGAGGAUGUCAUAACGUCCUUCACAGUGUCCAUUGCAAUUGUGCUCGUCAUCGCAGGAUUUAUCUGGGCUCUGUUUGUUUGUUUGUCUCGAAGAAGAGCCAGCGCCCCCAUCUCACAGUGGAGCUCCAGUCGGCGAUCGAGGUCUUCGUACCACCACGGCCUCAGCAGAACCGGAUUUUACCGUCACAGUGGCUGUGAACGGCGGAGUAACCUCAGCCUGGCCAGUCUCACCUUCCAGCGACAAGCUUCCCUGGAACAAGCAAAUUCCUUUCCAAGAAAAUCAAGCUUCCGGGCUUCCACUUUCCAUCCCUUUCUGCAAAGUCCCCCACUUCCAGUGGAAACGGACAGUCAGCUGAUGACUCUGCCCUCCCGCAGCACGGUUCCCGCCCUCAGCACGUCGCACAGUCUGGGCCGCCCUGAUUUCCACUGGUCCAGUCACAGUCUUCGGAUGGGCUUUUCCACCCCGCCUCCACCUGCCUAUGAGUCAAUUAUAAAGGCGUUCCCAGAUUCCUGAGGACCGUGCUUUUGUUUGUUUCUUCCUUUACUCGCCUUUUACAGACACAAAAUUACAACCAGGCUCAACGGGAUUUUGAGGGCGUGGCCCAAACAGCUAAGGAGUUGCCAAGCUGAGUUAAUGCUCCAUAAGUUGGACAUUACGAUGUAAAUCAUAGUUUCUUUGAAUACGUGUUUUCCUUCCUUGUGACUCACAAAAUAGUAAUAUUUUCCAAAUAGUUAUCUAUUUAUGUAUUUUGUACUCAACGCGAAGGUUAUUAAAGACAGUGAUUCCUACCUAAGACUCAGCUGUGAUACAGAAUAUAUGUGUGUAUACACACACAUAUAUAUAUUUUAGACUAAAAUAAUUAAAACUUCCAGAUAUUUGUGGUUUACAAUCCUCAUUCACUGCCCGAUGUGACUAUAAAGGGAAAAAAAUCACUAUGUCACUUUUUAAAAAUAAACCUAUCCUAAGGAAUUCUAAUUUUACUGUCUUUAGAAUGACAUGAAUCAUCUGACAAACCUGGAUUUUUAAUGGAUUAUAUGAGCAUAAAAAUGACAAAACAGAGAUUUUAAAGUUCCUUCAUGGCACUCGUUUUUGAGAGGUGUGGGGACCAAGCAAAGAAAGGGAAUCUCUGUGGCUGUUACAGAACACUUGUUUGUUUGUUUGUUUUUUAAUUUGACAGAGAGAGAGAGAUCACAAGCAGGCAGAGAGGCAGGCAGAGAGAGGGAGAAGCAGGCUCCCUGCUGAGCAGAGAGCCUGAUGCGGGACUCAGUCCCAGGACCCUGAGAUCAUGACCUGAGCCGAAGGCAGAGGCUUAACCUGCUGAGCCACUCAGGUGCCCCAGAACACUUCAGUUUUGACACUUAUUUUCCCCCCAGACUCUUCGUGCCUUUCCCAAGAAUUGCUACCUACAUCACUGAGGCAAAAUCCAUGGGUUUACUGAAAGGUGUUAACUUUUCUUCACUGUUGCAGUUAUGUUGUUAGGAAAACAAUAGCAAAUCCAAUUCAUUGACCUAAAAACAAACUUCAACACUGAGCUCACAUUUUUCCUAAGGGAUAAACUGUAUUUCUUAGAUCUAAAUCUAGCAAUUGGGAAAGCACUUUAUCUAGGGACUUUCUCCUGGAACUUUACAAGCAAACAAAUAAUGGUCUGUAGGGAGAGAGUCUGUCAUGAAAUACAUGUUAUAGCCAUGAAGAAUUCUCCUUCCUGGAUCGACUCAUCAGGCAUCAUCCCUUGUGUGCAUUCUUAUGAAUUUCAACCUCAGAUCCUAUGAACAGUCUUUGUACAAUGAUUACAUCAUGUCAUAUGGUCCUUGGUGCAGACAGUUACUUAAUGAGUCUGCUUCCACAGAAAGCCACCCUCAUAAAGAAAGGUACAUUCCCAAAUAUGGGUACCAGAGAGCUUCAGUGGCAAAUGCCUGUGGCUACCCCUUUUCACUUAAGGACAUGCAUUCACUGCAGUAUUAUUCAAAAGGCCUGUGGUUCAUAGCUGAUGUAGUGACUAGCUAGCUUAUUUUGCUGUUCGUUUAUUUCUCUGAACAUUGGAAUUUCUAGUGAAGAAAAAUGUACUCUCAUUUUGGUUUCUGUAAUGCAGUGCUCACAGAUCUUGCAUCUAUAUAUGGCUCAAGAAUGUAAUAAUUUCUACGUAGUGAGAGAUUGUGUAUAGCAUUUUCUUUAAUAUUUGUAUUUAGCAUAUAUUUUCCAUUGUUCCUCAAGGACAAGUAUUCCUAAUGAUGCCUAUAGAUUGAUGCUCUCUAAUGUAACAGAAAGAAAGAAAGAAAGAAAGAACAGUUUACAAGAUAACCAAUUUGUUGUAAGUUGGUUUUUAACAAAUUCAGCAAUUGUCAUAUAGCCAUGUAAGAUUUCAGGAGAGCAUUAACUUAGUAACAAGGCUAUCUUUUGCUUGCAUGUCAUCCUUAAUGUUUAAUAUGAGAAGUAAGCCAAAUGUAUGGUUUUUGUCUAGAAUUUAUACUGGGAAUAAAAAUUGCUUUCUAUCUCUCAAAUUAGGAAAAUGGGAGUAUCUUCUGGUGAAUUUAACCAUCUGGCAGAAUUGUUGCCACCCCUCUCCCCCAGUUAUGGAACAGUCAAAAUGAAUAUCUUAUAAAUAUUGUGCAAUUCAUGAAAUGUAAAAUUAAAACAAAAACUAGGGACUUUUAAAGUUGUAUCUGUUUAAUUUGAAAUGUUUAGUUGAUUAUGAAAUAAAAUUAAACUGAUGUCA